UUUGACGUUUUAGACGAGGACGUUAUUUUUUACCUAAAAUUAGAUUUUUGUUGACUUUGUAAAAAUAAUAUUUCUGCUGUGCCUGUUCUGCCGUUCCGGAACCUCCUGUUCCUGCCGCAAAAUUCUUCGGAAAACUGAUGGUAAGUGGUCAAUUAAUAAGAGCCGAUGUCCCAUUCCUCCCGGAACUUUAGAGCGGCAAAUCAGAACUCUGAAAAGUAAUGAAAAUUGUCAACCGGAAAACUGCUGUGCCUGUUUUGCCGUUCCGGAGCUUCCUGUUCCUGCCGCAUAAUUCUUCUGAAAACCGAUGGAUUCCGGAAAAAGGAUUCCAUUCCUCCCGGAUCUUUAGGGGCGCCAAAUCAGUACUCUGGGAAGUAAUGAAAAUUUCCAACCGGAAAACUUCCAGUAUGAAUCAGGAAUCAGGACUUAAACAUGUCACCCUUAGUAAGAUAAAAAUGAAUCAACAAAAUUCGCUUCGCAGAGACAACCCUCCAGCCGCGGUUGCGCCGCAUUAUGCUCGCCACUUGUACUUUUUCUGCCUGGAAUUCUACGUCGCCACACAUCGUUUUCUUGAACAUUACCGAAGAUGGUCCUGUACUGGUCCUCCCGUAAUAGGAAAAUACUUGAAGACCGACAAAUAUAUUUAUUGAUAAGAUUAGGAACCGUUAGGCAGGCCGCUAGGUAUUCACAUAAGGUAUUCCUGCAUCGGUAGGUUAA